AUGGCCCGCAUCAACCUCCCGCCCCUUACCCGUGGCAUCCUCGCUGCCCUCGUCCUGCUCACCCUGCUCAACUUUGGCCUGCGUCCCAACGCCAAUUGGGUUGAAAAGGUCGAGAAGCCCAUCAUUGGCGUAGGCAACGGAGUGCCGUGGCUGACCAUUGUGCCCCGUCUCUCGGUGCCGUGGUAUCCCUGGGUAUUCGCCCUCGCAACCGUCGUCGAGCAGAAUCUCCUUGGCCUCAUCACCACCGGCCUGACUGUCUUGUAUGGCGGCCGCUACCUCGAGAGGGCAUGGGGUUCGCAUGAGUUCACCAAGUUCAUGCUGUUUGUCGCCGUCAUACCGAAUCUUCUGACCUAUCUGCUCUACGUUCUGGGCUAUCUUCUUAUGCGCAAGGACUUUCUCAUGAAAACCACAAUCUCUGGCGGCAUUGCCAUCCAGGCCGGCUUCCUCGUCUCUUUCAAGCAGCUCGUUCCCGAACAUACGGUAGCCAUUGCCAAAGGCCUCAUCCGCAUGCGCGUCAAGCACUUCCCCGCCAUCUUCCUGCUCACAAACACACUCUCUGGCAUAAUAAUCGGCACAGAGACGGCCAUGUACCUCGCAUAUUUUGGCUUCAUGACAGCCUGGAUCUACCUCCGCUUCUAUCGCAUCAGUCCAUCGCUCUCUUCCACUGCCACGGGCGAAGGUUCCUUCAUUCGUGGAGAUGCCUCCGACACCUUUAGCUUUGCGCACUUCUUCCCAGAGCCAAUACAGACACCCCUUGGCGCUUUUGCAGACGGCAUCUACAACACAUUGGUCUCUCUUCAGGUCUGCACACCCUUUUCCGAUCGGGACAUUGAUGCGGGUAACGAACAGGCCACUGCUCGUGCUGAAGGUGGCCUCCCUAGCAUCAUGAACCCCAACAGCCGCGGCGGCCGUGGCGGGGCAACACGUGCCGAGGCAGAGAGGAGGAGAGCAUUGGCACUCGAAGCAUUGAACCAGAGGCUGAACGCUGCAGCCUCCCGGGGGCCAAGUACUGCUGCCCCAGCCGCUGUUUCAGUGUCUGGACCAUCACAGUCACUGGGCGAGACAAAUUACGAGCCUGAUGGGCCCAACGCCUUGGAAAAAUCAGCGGCUUAGUAUAGUCGUUAGUAUAAUUUAACAAAACUUAUUUUUCUCGCAAAGCCUCCUCUAUCGAUGUAGUCAUUGCAUCCGAGCGUACUUUCCUCGACUUCCAAAGAAUUGUUGUUUGCUUCGAGCAAUAUGCA